GUAGGACAAUGAUUCGCUGAGCAGGAGCUCGGGCUCCCUCCCGUUGGCUGGAGUGUACACGUCAGCAGUCAAUAAGUUUUACCCAAGAUGUAUCAGAGUCCCAUCAUCCUCUUCCUGGUGUGAGCGUGUUGACACAUUACACUUACUUUGGGUGUCAAAAAAACACGAGCGUUUGAAGCGACUGUUUGGCAAAUGACACCGUUUUCAAGCGGAAAGACAGUCCAGCGGGAGGAAAAGCAGCCAUCAAAGCGACGCUUGACACUUGGUGUGAGACAGGCGUCACGCGACGUUGGAAUGGUUCUAACAGGAGUGUGACUUUCAGCGCACGAGGAGACUAUGCUGCCAACAAGUUUACAAUGAAGACGCGCGUGAUAAGGUGAAUGAGAGCCAUUGCAGUUGUAGUCCCAGGUCUGUGUUCGUUUUGAGAAAAUGAGGUUGCGACUGCUCAAAAGGAAUCUGCUCGCGCUGCUGGGUGUUUCCUUUGUAGUUGUGACUCUAUUGUUUACGACACGUAUAUUAAUAGUUUCAGAUAAUGACACGAGUGGACCUAAUAACAUCGUGAGGGGAAAUCAGGGCAUGCAUUCUGGCGAAAUGGUGAAGUUUAACUUUGGUUCGCUGCCAGAAUUGACUCAGUCCGUUUACAAUGCCAAUUACAAGCAGGGUGUCCUCAAUGCGGAUAAGUUUCCAGGGGAGCCUCAACUGGUGCUGGUUGUGCAGGUCCACAACAGGCCUGAAUACCUCAGACUGCUCAUCAAGUCUCUGGAGAAAGCUGCUGAGGUCCACAGCUUUCUUCUUAUCUUCAGCCAUGACUAUUUUUCAGAGGAAAUAAAUGCUAUUGUGCAAGGGAUAACUUUCUGCAAGGUACUGCAGAUUUAUUUCCCUUUCAGCACUCAGCUGUAUCCCAGUGAGUUUCCCGGGCAGGAUCCACGAGACUGCCCUCGAGACAUAUCCAAGGACAACGCUCUCAAAACAGGAUGCCUCAACGCAGAACACCCUGACUCCUAUGGACACUACAGGGAAGCCUUCAUCACUCAAACCAAACACCACUGGUGGUGGAAAUUGCACUUUGUGUGGGAGCGAGUGCACGUGAUGCAGGGCUACAGCGGCUUUGUAAUCUUUCUGGAGGAGGACAACUACAUCUUACCUGACUUUUUCCAUUUCUAUAAGUCGAUGAUACAGUUCAGGAAGAACAGCUGCCCAGACUGUGACAUGCUGGCUUUGGGUAACCACAAUGGCCUGACUGAUUUUACCAGACUGUCUAAUAAGGUGUUGACCGCUGGGUGGAUGUCCACUAAACACAACAUAGGUAUGGCCAUAUCCAGGGAGGUGUACUAUAAAUUAAUGGGCUGCAGCAACGAGUUCUGCAGCUAUGACGACUACAACUGGGACUGGACUCUGCAGCACCUCUCAGGAACCUGCAUACCAAAGCCCCUCAAAGUUCUUGUAGCACAGGGCUCCAGGGUUCUUCACACAGGAGACUGUGGGCUUCACCAGAAGGAGAACUGCAGGCCAGAAUGGGCCUCCCAGAGGGUUGAGGAGGGGCUUCAAACGGCCAAGGAUGGCCUCUUUCCUCCAUCUCUUGCUCUUAAUGGUGCAGAACCCGUGGAGCACAAGCCACACAUGAAGAAUGGAGGAUGGGGAGACAUUCGAGACCAUAUUCUAUGCAAUAACUACGCCAAACGCCUUUGAACUGCACAUAUGGGUUUUCCUUGGUAUUCUGCAAAUGUGCCAUCGUAUACAACUUUUCAGGGUAUUAGAGGCUGUAAUGGGCUGUCUUCCAAGGAAUGGAACCAAAUCAAGUCCAAGCAUGUUGCAUGUACACAACUAGAGUUCGUCUUGUUUUUAAAUAUAUUAUUUUCUAAUCACCAAAGCUGCACAGUUGCCAAAGACUUUCUUGAUACUUGUGUAAUAAUGCAUACAAAGCUCUGUCAUGCUGUUCAACUUCAUGUUACCAGGUGUGUUUAUCUCUGGGUGUCUUACAAGCCUAAACAGUAGGUUAGAUUUAUAGCACAGUGAUGGUAAGUGAGAGUGAACUAUAACAGUUAUAAUUAUUUGCAGAUAUAUUUGCUUUAUUGGGAACGCAGCACAGGAUGCAGUUUAAUGGAACAUUCAGUUGCAAUGUUUCUUUUUUUCUUUUUUACAUGUGCUUUUGGUACGAUUUUAGUGCAACAACAAAAAAACAUGUCAUGUGCAUACGUGUAGGUAUAAUCAAAAUGUGUAUGACAAUCUUCAGUAUAAGGGGAAGCUCUAGUUUAUUGAGCAGUCGCUGUCUUUGGAGUUGACUUCACUGUCAGAGUGAUUUUACACACAUAAUGGUGUUUGUGUCACUGAACGUAACCUUCAGUUUCUUUCUGUUUAUAACCAGAGGUCUUUUUGCAAGGAGAGUCCGACAGACACUACUAUUUUAUCAGUCUCCUGCUCCCCCCUGCUUUUGAUGCCUGGUUGCAACGACGAGAGCUUGAUAUUGAUUUAUUUUUUGGUUGUCGGUGUAUAUUUGCUUUCUGAUAGGAGAAGAGUGACCUUUUGGAGUCUUGCUCAAGAUUCUGAUCAUCAGAACAUCAGGGUCAUCUGUGAUUCUGCAGUCUUGUAUUUGCACCUUCUUUGCUAGAUCUGAUUUUGGGAUUUAACAUCCAAACUAAAACGGAACGAACAUUGGAUAAAAGCAUUGGAAUUUUAUAAAAAAGGAAAGACAGAUGUUUCCUUUUCUGGCAUUCAUUCAGUAGUUAAAAAUAUCCCACUGAAGCUGAACUUGCCUUUUUUUACAGUGUAAAACAAUGAAAAAAAAAACAAUCAUAAUGAUAAAAGUGCCUUUUGAUAGUUCCUUUGUGCCCAUACCUGUUUUAAAGAGAAGUUUAAAGGUGCACUGAUAACAUUGUUGUUGAUUUAGUACUUAUAUGACUAUUUGCCAAAGCUGAGGGCUCAUAUUGCUAGAUAUUUUUUGAUAGUGUUUUUCAUACUGUUGAGGGAAAAAUGUAACAUGGAUGUUAAUAUCACACAAAUUUUAUUAUACAAUUUAGAUAAAAUUAUUGCCUCAUGGUGGAAUCUUGCUGGCACAGGUGUCAGUUCCACCAGAUAAGUGCCUUAGCCUGGUAUUGGUGUAUCUCAGUGUGCCUUAUGGAGAUUCCUAGUUAAGAGAUAUGAAAUGAAUGUGACAAUGAAAUAAAUUGUCUUCUAUUUUAUGUUGAAAAGCACAAUACAUUUUAAAGAACAUGGCAAAGAUGAACUUAUACACAAAAUAUACAUGUAAUGCAUUCCUCUGGUGUGUGUGUAUGUGUAUUUUUUUGAUGGUUCUUUACUUUGAGAGAUGUACAGUUGUUGAAAAUGAGACCAAUCUAUUUUGAUGUUUUUGCUUGUUUUCUUGUUCCUUUCUGAUCAUCACUUGAAAUAGCUGUUUAUUGUUCACUUAAUUUGUUGCCAAAUGGGAAAAUAAAAGAAAUUGAAUGCUU